AUGGCGGCUCCCGUGCCCGGGCCGCUUUCGCUUUCGGGGAGCGCUCCGGCUUCGGAGGCUUCGGAGGCUUCGGAGGCUUCAUCUGAGGCCCGCUGGAGCGGAGCCCGGCGGAGCCUCGGUGCCCUCGGCCUCCCCUCGGCCGGCUUCGGGGAUCACAACGGUCGGGCGGGGCCCGGCCGGGCCCGCCGUGGGCCUCCCUCGGCGGCGGCCACGGACCCCUGCGAGGCGAGGCGCCAGGCGCCCUCAGGACCCCCCGCAGGCCGCCGGGAGCCCUCGGGAGACACACCGGCCUCCGGCGGCGGGUCGCAAAGGUCGGCGCCGGCCGUGGGGUCAACAGCGAGGGCCACGUCCCGCGGCCAGGGGCCGGAGGGGUCCCGAGGACCUCGGCCCUUGGCCCGUGACGGCCCCUCCCCGGCCCCAACCGCCACGGGAAUUAAGGCGUGGAUCCGGGCCCACUCGGGCCGAAGCACGGGUCCAAGCGACUCUCGAAGGCCCGCCCGCCUCCCGGGCCCACGGGAAGGGAGCCAGAAGCGGCGGGCGGUCGGCCUGAGGGUGACGGUGACGAGCCUCCACCGCCCGUCUCGGGUCGCCUUCGCCCCCCCGGCCCGCCGCCGGCCGCUAGCCUCUCCUGACCCCUGCAAGGAAGGCCCCGGCCGGCCUCAGCUCCAAAGGGCCAUCGCGGACGCCCUCGACUGCCCGGGGCCUCCGAGCCGGCUGCCAGUCCGCACGCCACCCCCCACCCCCACCGAGUGUCCGCUCCACGAGGCCUACCGGCCUCCCCGGGGCUUCCCUUCUGACCAUGAAGCCCAGGUCCGAACGCCCUCCACAAGCAGGCGGGAGCCACCCAGGACCACCAAGGGGGCACGCGCCGCCCGGGCAAGGAAGGGUCCGGCUCCCACACAAGUCGACCGCCCCGACGGUCGAUGGCGGGGCACGGGGCCGCGCCAAGGGAGGGCCACGCGGGCGUCCCCUAGCUCGGCGGCGGGCGCGGGGCCGGGCUUCGCGCCCGGCUCGCCCAUCAGAGUCCGGGCACGGGCCCCACGGCACCCCAGGGCGGGACCGGUGACAGAGGCUGCUGCGGGGGUACCCUGCCCGGGGGACCGCUCAGCCCUGCGGGACCUCUCAUCCCGCAGAGUCAGCGCGUCUCCGCCCACCUUGCCCACCCGGCUUGUCAAGCAAGAGCAGGCCAGCGAGCCAAGUCCUCCCUGCUCCUCGGUCUCGGUCUCGGUCUCGGGGCCAGGGAGACCCGGUUCCUCGCCCCUGGGCAGGUGCCCGAGCUCCGCGGGUGCCGCUGUGGCGCCGGGACCCAAAGGACGCGUGGACACCGCCUGGAUCUCAGGGGCCUUCCGGGAACCUGACGUGUGUGAGGAGAAGGGGCGACGGCGCCGGGGCGGGGGUGGUGGUGGUGGGGCGACACCCGAGGACGCUCGGGGACUGCUCGUGGACGCAGGGCGGAGGCUGAGGCCCUGGGGGAAGGGCCGGCUGGCAUUCGCGGUGCAAUACUGCCAUCAAGCGGAAAGUCCUCGGCGGAUCCGGGAGCCCAGCGCCGAGCUCUCUCUCCCGCGUGGAGGGGCCCCGGGGGUGACGUGGGAGUGCGGGGGGGGGGAGACGGACGGGGACGGACGGGAUGGAGCGCCACGGAGGUCCGGGGUCCGGGGUCCGGGGGCCUGGGGGCCUGGCCGGUCGGGCCCGGGAAGCCCCAAGCCACGGCUCGGCUCGGGCCCCUCCCUGGUGGCCACCAGCCCCGCCAACGACCCGCACGGGAACCUGGAGGGACCCGCACGGGAACCUGGAGGGCUGCCGCCACUGCUGGUGCGGACGGGGGCGGGGACCCUGCUGUGCCCGUGUCCGGAUCCCGGAUCCCGGGAAGGGGAACGGGUGUGGAGCCGGGCCACCCGGCGUCAAAGGGGGGGCCUUGAGCCCAACGCCUGCUCCCGAGCUGGUCAUCAAGGGACCAGCGUGGAGCGCGUGCCAGAAGCGCCAGGCGCCUCGGGAUGGGACUGCCAACGGCCCCUUCGGUCCCGGUCCCGCCGGGACGCUGGGACUUCACCCCCGGGCCCGUCCUGCCCUGGAAGCCAGCGGGCGGCGGCUCCGGGGAUCGCCAACGCGUUCCGCUUGAUGGCAGUGUUGCACCGGCAAUGCCCACCGGCCCUUCCCCCAGGGCCUCUCCCUCCGCCCUUUGCCGAAGAAAAAAGGCCAAGCGCUGGCCGCCGGGGCUCCAACAUGGCGGCUCCCGUGCCCGGGCCGCUUUCGCUUUCGGGGAGCGCUCCGGCUUCGGAGGCUUCGGAGGCUUCGGAGGCUUCAUCUGAGGCCCGCUGGAGCGGAGCCCGGCGGAGCCUCGGUGCCCUCGGCCUCCCCUCGGCCGGCUUCGGGGAUCACAACGGUCGGGCGGGGCCCGGCCGGGCCCGCCGUGGGCCUCCCUCGGCGGCGGCCACGGACCCCUGCGAGGCGAGGCGCCAGGCGCCCUCAGGACCCCCGCAGGCCGCCGGGAGCCCUCGGGAGACACACCGGUCUGGUGGUGGACCCGGCCCCGGCCCAGCGAGCGCGCGCCCGAUCCCGGGAUCAGGACUCCCCUCAGGCCAGCCUGACCCCUCAGGCCUCCGGCGGCGGGUCGCAAAGGUCGGCGCCGGCCGUGGGGUCAACAGCGAGGGCCACGUCCCGCGGCCAGGGGCCGGAGGGGUCCCGAGGACCUCGGCCCUUGGCCCGUGA